UUUUUUGAAUGAAUAAUUUAAUUACGUUACAGUUGCCGCUGCGAGAGGGUUAGAGAGUUUUCCUGUGAUCUCUUAAACUGUUCCCCGGACCCGGAGAAACUUCAAACCCAACCCCUAUUUCCAAUCAUUUUCAACUGGGUUUUCUUCUAAUUCUUGUCUAAUCCCAUCUUCUUGAUCAAAUAUUUUACAAAUAAUAUAUUAUUUCUUAUAUUAUCAGCGUGGGAGUUUUGCUGCAAGAACGUAAAUCUGGACAACUAAAAAUUGAUGUCUGUAUCUGAUAAGGAGAUCUUCAAUGUUGGUGCCAGUGGUGGUGGGAUCCAUGUCAGAGAAGACGACGGAACGCAGCAGAGAGAGGAUAGAUAUGUAAGUGGUGGUGGAUGUACAAGGGAUUUCGCAAAGGCAAAGCAGCUGAUCUUACAUGCCCUCACAAAAGCCGAGAAGCAACUCCUCAGAAGAAGGAAUAAAAAGAUCUCCUCUUCUUCUGCUUCUGCAAAUGCCGGGACUUCAGGGGGGCACUUUUCGCUGUCAAAUGUUCACUGUUACAAUGAGGAAGUGUCUCCUUGGUGUUUCAGCCAUGUUCCAUGUUUGCUGCAAGAUUAUACGACUACAAACUGGGGAUGCGCCGUGCUCAAAUGGUGGAGAACCGAGCUUGAUUCAUCCAAUUGUUAUUUUGGUUAAGAAUUUCGGAUGCAAGUUUUCGUUUCUUCUAUGACUCAUUUGGCAGUCCACAUUAUUGUUCUCUGAGGAAAUUCAAUCUUGUAAUUGAACGUGGUAGUCAGUUUGUUACCUUGAGUACGAAGUAUAGGUGCAGGUGCUUUAUUUUGAAAGAGUGCAUUGAUCCAUUACGGAAGUGGAACAGGUUUUCAAAACCAUUGGAUUCUUUCAAUUUGUAUAGCCUUUUUGUUUAAUUGA